GGCUCUUCUCUUAUACAAUAUUUUCGCUUCUCUCCCUGGACUCCAAAUAUAUAUAUUUUUUUCACUCUCCUUUAGAAGCUAUGGCGCCAAACGGAGUCGUUUCAGGCAAGAGCUUAAUCGUGAGUUUCGGUGAGAUGCUCAUCGACUUUGUCCCCACCGUUUCUGGCGUUUCUUUAGCCGAAGCUCCUGGCUUCCUCAAAGCCCCCGGUGGAGCUCCAGCCAACGUGGCGAUCGCCGUCUCCAGACUCGGCGGUGAAGCAUCUUUCGUCGGAAAGCUCGGAGACGAUGAGUUUGGUCACAUGCUUGCUGAUAUUCUCAAGCAAAAUGGAGUCUCUGGCGACGGGAUCUUGUUUGACCAAGGCGCAAGGACCGCUCUUGCCUUCGUGACUCUACGAGCCGAUGGAGAACGUGAGUUCAUGUUUUACAGGAAUCCUAGCGCUGAUAUGCUGUUGAGGCCGGAGGAAUUGAAUCUUGAUCUUAUCAGAUCUGCCAGAGUGUUUCACUAUGGAUCGAUAAGUUUGAUUGUGGAGCCAUGCAGAUCAGCUCACUUAAAGGCGAUGGAAGUGGCCAAAGAAUCUGGUGCUUUGCUCUCGUAUGAUCCGAACCUUCGCCUGCCACUUUGGCCUUCAGCUGAUGAGGCCAGGAAACAGAUCUUGUCCAUCUGGGAUAAGGCUGAUAUUAUCAAGGUCAGUGAUGUUGAGCUAGAGUUCCUCACUGGCAGCAACAAAAUCGACGAUGAAACUGCUAUGAAACUUUGGCGCCCCAACUUUACCCUACUCUUGGUCACCCUUGGUGAAAAGGGUAGCAGAUACUACACCAAGAAUUUCCACGGGGCAGUUGAUGCUUUCCAUGUGAAUACUGUGGAUACAACUGGCGCUGGGGACUCCUUUGUUGGUGCUUUGCUAUGCAAGAUUGUGGACGACCCAACCAUACUUGAGAAUGAAUCAAAAUUGAGGGAAGUACUGAAAUUCGCAAAUGCAUGUGGAGCCAUCACGACAACCAAAAAGGGAGCAAUCCCUGCCCUUCCAACCGAGGCUGACGCCCUUACCUUAAUCAAAGGAGCUUAGCUUUAGGAAAACUUCAAUAAUCACACAUCGUUUUGCUUUUCUUUUUUAUUUCUUAUAAUUUCAAAGAAAGGGUUUUGAAAGGUCUCAAAUUUUUUUCUCCCCCACUUGUUUUUAUUUCCCUUUCCUUAUUUGCUGCGUGUAAGGAUUAGGAAUAAUUUUUUUUUGUCUUGUUUGAUGCUCCAUUUCCAAGUGAUUAGCAACAUGUCUGUUUGCAUCUUCCCAAUGGUAGUGUGUGUUGUGGGUGCAACUAAGGAUGUAGCUUUGGAAGAACCUACUUUUUAUUCAUUAGUCUACAAUUAACGUUUAAUAAAAAUAUUUCAAGCUUUCAAUUGUAACAGUUCAGAAUUUGUAGCAGCCACAGGUUACGUAUUGUUUUAUGAAAAUGAUAAUUUUGAAUAGCAAUGGCAGUAAAAUGGUCCGAGUGUCAUAACACGCGCACUGGUCCCAAGUUCAGGGGAAGUGGAGGAGACCAGUAAAGGUUUCUAUACAAGCGUAAGCGGAUUGGAGAACUAGCGAGAUUCAGUGCGCAUUUGACAUGAACAAGCCACACGCAACAUUGAGAUCAAGAUCAAUUCUUGGGGUUUUACUUUUUGAAUGUAAAAAUAGAUAAUUUU